UGAAAUAUUUAUAAUUUUCAGAAUGAGUUUUGUCACAUCUAAUUGGCUAACGAAUUGCUUACCAAUUCUUACUUUUGUCUUAACAGUAUUAUACAUUUACUUAAACUCCAAAUACAAUUAUUGGAAAAAAAGGAAUGUACCCUAUGAAAAACCAAAUUUAAUAUUUGGUAAUUUUUACGAAACUUUUACUUUAAAAAAAAAUUUAACAACAUUUUUUCAAGAACAAUAUGAAAAAACAAAUGAAAGAGUGUAUGGUUUAUACAUAUUUCAACGUCCAUAUUUAUUACUCCGAGAUCCUGAACUAGCGAAGUAUGUAUUGGUGAAAGACUUUAAUAAUUUUAUAGCAAGAUCCAAUUCCGAAGCACCAAAUGAUUCACUUGGUAAAAAUAAUUUAUUUUCAUUAAAAAAUAUUCAUCAUUGGCGUUUUAUGCGUACAAAAAUGUCACCAUUUUUCUCACCUAGUAAAAUGCGAAAUUUAUUUGAAUUAUUCGACGAAAUUGGUGUACAAUUAACUGAACAUAUCAAAGAACAUGUAAAUGAAACAAUGGAUGUUAAAGAUGUAAGUCAAAAGUAUACAACUGAUGUAAUCGUAUCAGCGGCUUUUGGUAUACAAGCAAAUUCGUUUACAAGUGAUCAAGCAGAAUUUUCAGGAAUUGCAAAAAUUAUGUUUACUUAUACACUUAAACGUAGUAUUGAAUUGUUUUCAUUCUUCUUUGCACCUUUGUUAGUGAAAAUAUUUAAUUUUAAAUUCUUUGGUGAAGAAGCAUCACAAUUUUUACGGAAGGUUGUUUGGCAUACAAUUCAAGUACGCGAAGAAAAUAAUAUUAAGCGACCAGAUUUAAUUGAUGCAUUGAUUACAUUAAAAACUACAGGAACAAUGGAAGAUAGUCUUGUUAGUGAAAAGAAUGAUGGAGAGAGUGGGACCAAAUUACAAGAUUCAAUUAAAUUGGAAGGUGACGUUUUGGUAGCACAAGCUGCUGUAUUUUUUACAGCAGGGUUUGGAACCUCAUCUUUAACAAUGUCAUUUACUUUGCAUUCACUAUCCUACAAUCCAGAAAUUCAAAUUAAAUUGCGAAAAGAAAUACAAAGCGUAAUUGCACGGAAUGGUGGAAAAUUUACUUACGAUUGUCUUCAAGAAAUGAAAUAUUUAGAUGCAUGUGUUAAAGAAACACUACGAUUGUACCCAACGUUGGGGAUGUUGGAUCGAGAAGCAAUUAAUACAUACACAUUUCCAGGAACAGAUAUUACUAUUGAUAAAGGAACUGCGGUAGUGAUUUCACUUGGAGGAUUACACAGGGAUCCACAGUAUUUUGAAAAUCCCUAUGUUUACGAUCCGGAACGUUUCAAUGAUAACAAUAAAAAUAGAAUUAAACCGUUCACUUAUAUGCCCUUUGGUGAGGGCCCACGAAAUUGUAUAGGAGCUCGUUUUGGUAGUGUGGCAACAAAAGUGGGAUUAGUACACAUUUUAAAAGAUUUUGAAUUGGAAACAUAUGAAAAACCUCCUCCAUUGGAAGUAAAUCCUAGAUCAGUUUUUCUAUCUCCAAAAAAUGGCAUUCAUUUGAAAUUACGUACUGGAACUGUUUAUGAACAGUUUAAUGAAGUGGAUUAGUAUUUAUUUUGAAGAUAAACGCAUUAAACAUACGCUUUGACAACAGAACAAAAACGAUCAAUAAUAUAAAAAUAUAAAUUUGUGUCAAAUUGAAAACUUUU